AUGACUGUCGUACAUUUUGUAGAUAUGAACUUACAAAACGAUAUCUGUGAACAUGAGAUGACUACAAAACAGAACGUAGAACAGAUUACAAAAGAUGAGGUUUGGGAAAAUCUAAAAGCAAAUCUCGAAGCUUUAGAAAAGCCAAAGAAUUUGCUUUUAUUAGGAAGUCUUGGUACUGGAAAAUCUUCGUUUAUAAACACGGUUAUCACUGCAUUAACGGGAAAAUACAAAUAUCAUGCGGACGUUGGUAGAGGAAGUAAGCACAACACUAUAGGGUUACACAUGAUUCCGAGCUCAGAGUAUUGGAACCCUGAAAAUAAAGAAAUAAAAGCACAGAAUCUUCCAACUUUUAUCGAUAUCAUUGGUUUAGAUGUUUCACUAUCGGAAUCAAACGAAGAAAAUUCGGUCAAUAAGGAGUUAAUGCGCUUGAUCAUCAACGGACAACUACCACAAAAUUGUGAUCUUUUUGAUUUAAGCAAUAAACUAAAAAACGGAGAGAAAAUAAACAUAAGACGGAAUUUGCAGAUGACAACGGUGGACAUAAUUAUUGUUGUAAUAUCAGCAGAAAAUGAUGUAACUCCCGACACUCUGCUAUAUGAUAUAUACAAGGAAGCAAAAUUUGAAACACAAAAUAUCCCUGUUUUUUUGGUGUUGACAAAUGUGGAUAAAAGUAACCUUUCCGAGAAAGGACUGGAAGAAAAGAAGACUGAUAUUUGUUCGAUUAUGAACAUCGAACCAUACAAAGUCUUACUGUGUAGUAACUACCAACCCGAUCACAAGCCCAGCAUUAAAAAAGAUAUCAAGAUAUUGGAGUUCUUGACGAAGCUGAGUGAUCCCUGUUUCAAAGCUGUCACAUUACAAAAAAUGAAAACCGAGAAACCAGCUCCCUCUGUACAGAAAAUGGAAUGCGAGAUACCAGCCCCUUUAAUACCCUAUGUAAUGACGGGGGCAUUUAUUUGUCUUGCAGUUUUGAUUUUUGCGCUUUGUGUCCAAAAUAUAGAUAAAUGAUAUCAUUUAUUGAUGUAAGGAAAUUGCAAGAAAAUAUACAGUAAAUUUGGGAACUGAACAUGCAGACUGCAUGAGAAUAAGUGCAGGUAAAUGAAGGUCCUCUCAUUCCAUACUUCAUACCAGCUGAUUGCAGUGAAAUUCACGCACACCAUUUGAUCAUACCGUUGACCCUAAUGAACUGAAAUUUUGCAAACUUAAGGCACCUCACUACACCCAGUCUUUACUUUUUAAGACACUACGUCACAAGAUGGCGAUAUAAAUGUUUUGUAAACUGUCUAUAUAGUUCAAUUGGGUUGUAUAUCGUCGUAGCUCAGUGGCUAGAGUAUUGGGCUUCUGAACCACAGAUCAUGAGUCCGAAUCCGCCUGGAGCUUUUGUUCAUGUUAACUGAAUUAAAUUUUUUGAAAUGUAAUUUUUCAUCCAAAAUUGCACAAUUCUUGCCUAUUUGCAAUAAAUACUUCUUAUCCUUUAUGAUAUCUCUCAUAAUCAAGCAAUUUUCUGCUGAUUUGAGAAAAUAUUUCAAGGUAUAGUGAACCACCUUAAAGGUAUUUAGUUGACAAAUGUUUUAUGCAAACCAGAGUUUGAUAAUUUGAAAUGAAUAGUAUAUGUAUUAUAUUUCAUGAAGAUCAGUGUAUUGUCUUAUCUAUCUAAAUAUUGCUAUUGGUUUUAUUAUGCAGACUACUUUUGUUAAUGUUAAUAAUGGUUUCUAUCAUACAGAUAUUGACUUGGCAAUAGACGAAAUAUUAGACCUGAAGACACGAAUGAUGCCCAAGACCGAAGGCUUUGCGCAGCAUUUCUGUCUGGUCUAAACAAUCAUAUAAUGUCCAAAUCUCAGUCAACAACGGUUUUGUUAUACUCUUCAUUAUUGAUGCAAGUAUUUCAAAAAGCAACCAGUCAUUAAUGUCGCACAGCCAUUAGUGUUUCCAUUCUGCCGAGCUCGGACGAAUAUUGAUUAGGUGUGACGUAGCGACAAUUUAAUUAAGACCAGUCAACAUCGAAUUUGUUAGAUCGUUUGAAUUAACAUUUGUUUGUUGAUCUUUCUGUCAGUAAAUACUGUAGAGAGGAAUAUUUGUAAGGGUACAACUUUUAAAAAAAUUAAUUCAAUCAUUGUAGCCUUAGGAAAGUAUCUAUAUUAUACAAUGAUCGUUUGUGGUUUGGAUUUUAACCUCAUAUGUGUUAACAAUAUCAAACAGUGCAUUUCAUUUUUCAAUAAAAUUAUG